AUGGGACCCGCCACUAGUGGAGUUGCGACAGCUGGCGACGCAGCGAACGUCGGCGCUGAAUGCGACGCCGGCGGGCGAGGUGGAGAAGCGACGCAAGCUGUCGUACGAGCUGCUGGGCGAGGCGGGCGAAAACCUCUUCAUCACGUCGCCCUUUCUCUGCGACUAUGGUUGCCAUAUCACAGUGG